GUCUGCUUUAAUCAAGUCACGUGACCAAGUAAAAUUUAGCUUUGAUUGAUAAUCGACAAUUUCCUUAGGAAUUAUGCUGAGAUAAUAAUCAAAAUUUAAGCCAUAUCCUUUUCUAUGAAUGGUGAAAAUAUUAUUUUUGUUUUGCAACUGACUGGAUAAACUAAAGCGGAGAUGAAGUAUAUAUUUUUUCUGCUUCAAUUACAAAUGGUUUUUUCGAAGAAGCCGAAUAUCAUUGUAAUGUUUAUGGACGAUAUGGGUUGGGGAGAUUUAGGAAUAUAUGGAAAUCCUGCAAGUGAAACUCCUAACUUGGAUAGAUUAGCUGAAGAGGGCAUUAAAUUUACUGAUAUGUAUACGGGUAGCUCCAUCUGCUCGCCAUCAAGGGCAUCAUUGUUGAGCGGAAGAUUACCAAUAAGAAAUGGUUUUUAUUCAGAUGGUCAAUUUGCAAGAGCAUCUUACGCUCCUCAAGUUGUGUUGGGUGAAAAUGGAUAUCAAAAUAAAAUUGUUGGAAAAUGGCAUCUAGGUCACAGGGAAAGAUAUUUACCAUUAAAUCAUGGUUUUCACGAAUGGUUCGGGGCACCCAACUGCCAUUAUAAAUAUGAUACAACAGUACAACCAAAUAUUCCAGUAUACAAGAAUAGAGAAAUGACUGGAAGAUAUUAUCAAGAUUACAAAAUUGAUCAUAAAACUGGCUUAGGCAAUCUCACUCAGUUAUAUACACAGGAAGCAUUAGAAUUUAUUGAAAGAAAGACUAAGCAAAACGAGAAUUUUUUCCUCUAUUGGGCGCCCGACGCAACUCAUACGCCACUCUAUGCAUCUAAAGAAUUCAGAGGAAAGUCGAAACGCGGUCUUUAUGGAGACGCUAUUAUGGAAAUAGACGCUGGCGUUGGAAAGAUAAUGGCUCUUCUUAAGAAACUCGAUAUCGAUAAAAAUACUUUCGUUUUUUUUUCUUCCGAUAAUGGAGCGGCAACAUACGCGUUCACAAAUGGCGGGUCCAAUGGACCUUUUCUUUGCGGAAAGCAAACAACUUUCGAAGGGGGUUAUAGGCAACCGGCAUUGGCAAGAUUUCCCGGAAAGAUCCCUGCUGGCCAGAUAACUAAUCAAGUAUCUUUGCUUAUGGAUCUUUUACCAACGAUUUUAGAUUUUGCCGAUAUUAAAAUGCCAAGAAAUCUAACUUUAGACGGUCAAUCAAUAAGAAAUGUGAUGGAAGGAACGUCAAAGGUAUAUGACAGGGGCGUUUUUUAUUAUAGGGGAAACGCUUUGUUUAAAUCUAGAUAUGGGUUCUAUAAAGCUCACUUUUAUACGUGGAACACUCCUGCUGAAGCAAUUAAAAUUGGCUAUCAUUAUUGCCCAGGUCAACGGAUUGAGAAUGUCACAACCUCUCAGAUGACUAACUAUACAGACAAACCAUUAUUGUUUCACCUAGGAAGAGAUCCAGGCGAGAAAUUUCCAAUAGAUCCUACCACCGAAGAAUAUCGUAUUGGCCUAGCACCAAUUUUAAAAAUUGUUCAACAGCAUAAAGAUAAAUUGAUAAAAGCAAAGCCAGAAUUCAAUCUCUGUGAUUUAGCAAUUCAGAAUUGGGCUCCUAGAGGCUGCGAAAAAAUUAACAGAUGUAUGAAAGCACCGCCAUCAUACGUUUACAAAUGUUUUUGGCCAUAUUGA